GACAUUUUUGUCUAUGGAGUUAUCAUAUGAUCAAUGAUCUAUUGAAUUCCAUCUUCCUCCUCCCAAUCUUUUGAUUGUAGUGUAACGAGUAGAUUUUGUUAAAAAUUCGGGGAGACACUAUAUAAAAAUGAAGGGUUGCAUUUUUAACAUCGAUGCUGGAUAUCUAGAGGGACUGUGCCGUGGUUUUAAGUGUGGCAUACUCAAGCAAUCAGACUAUUUGAACUUGGUUCAAUGCGAAACAUUAGAAGACUUGAAACUUCACUUGCAAGGAACUGACUAUGGUACAUUCCUUGCUAACGAACCCAGCCCUCUUUCCGUGUCGACUAUCGAUGACAAGUUGCGUGAGAAGCUUGUCAUUGAAUUUCAACAUCUAAGAAACCACUCUGUGGAGCCGAUGUCAACUUUCCUGGAUUUCAUUACAUACAGUUACAUGAUUGACAACAUUAUUCUAUUGAUAACUGGAACUCUUCACCAGAGGCCAAUUUCAGAAUUAAUUCCUAAGUGCCACCCUCUUGGCUCCUUUGAGCAGAUGGAAGCUAUUCAUGUAGCUGCCACCCCUGCUGAAUUGUACAAUGCUGUACUGGUUGACACACCAUUGGCACCAUUCUUUGUUGAUUGUAUAAGUGAACAAGACUUGGAUGAAAUGAAUAUUGAGAUCAUUCGUAACACUCUGUACAAGGCUUACUUGGAGGCUUUUUAUGAGUUCUGCAAACAAAUCGGGGGUACAACCGCUGAUGUGAUGUGUGAAAUUUUGGCUUUUGAAGCUGAUCGUCGUGCUAUUAUUAUAACCAUUAACUCUUUUGGAACUGAGCUAUCCAAGGAUGAUCGUGCUAAGCUGUACCCACGUUGUGGUAAACUGAACCCUGAUGGAUUAGCUGCUCUUGCCCGUGCUGAUGAUUAUGAGCAAGUUAAGGCUGUGGCAGAAUACUAUGCAGAAUAUUCUGCACUUUUUGAAGGUGCUGGAAAUAAUGUUGGGGACAAAACUCUUGAAGACAAAUUUUUCGAACAUGAGGUGACUCUUAAUGUAAUGGCAUUCUUACAACAGUUCCACUUUGGUGUUUUCUAUUCUUACCUUAAACUAAAGGAACAAGAAUGCAGAAAUAUUGUGUGGAUCAGUGAGUGUGUUGCCCAAAAACACCGAGCCAAGAUUGACAACUACAUUCCUAUCUUCUAAAAGCUGGCAAACAUUAAAUCCACAUACUAUUCGUAAUGUACAUAAUGUUAUUGAUUGUAAUUGAAUACAAAGUUAUAUACUUGCUUCAUUUUGUUGCUUGUGCAAAAGUAUUCUCUUAAGAUAUUAUUUAUGAAAGGUUUGUUGAUUCUUAAUGUAACUUCUAAAUCUUAAUUUUCUUUUUAAAUACAUAAGAAUGUAUAAACUUAAUAAAUAGACAAUUUACCAACAUUAUAUGAAAUUAGAUUUUAUUAAAUUUUAUUCAAAUAUUAUAUUAAAUAUUUAAAAGAAAAGAAGGAAAAAAUGUUAUAAAUUAUAUGUUAUAAACAGUUAAUAAAACUUAACAUUCCGUGUUAUUAUGCUAUAUUAUUUCACUGGUAUCUUCAACAAAAUUAUAAUAAAACUCCUGGUCAUACUGUUAUUGUUAUGAUAAAUAAGAUACUACUAACCAUAAAAUAUUAUUUAUUGUAAUGUUUGUAUCAUUCUGUAAACCAUGUACAAAUAUUGUAAUUUCAAUCUUGAUAGAGCACAAAUUAAGGAUUUGAAUUAAUGUUUUGACAAACAAUAAUUGAAAUAUUUCACAUUUAAAAUAAUUAUAUUCCCAGCUUGUGUAUAAAGGCUAUUAUAAAAUUUAUGCAAUCAAAUACUAUUUAUCAAAGACAAACUUCUAGUGUAGUGUAAAUAUGCUUACAGAUGUUAUUAAAAAUAUCAAUUAUGCCAUUAUCAACCCAUAUUCAUGUGAAUGUUAGUAGACUUGUUUAAUUUACUAUAGAAAAUGUUUUUCACAAUAAGGUAAUCCCUUAUUGUAGAAUGUAAAUUAUUAUAGAUUCUUGAUUAAAUAAAAAUUCAAAAAAAGUC